AUGGCUCUUCGGAUAGGUUCAUCAACCCUCUGCCUCACGCGGGAAAGGCUCAGAUCCCUAGCAAGUCUAGCAUCAAGCAAUACUAGAUUAAUUUCAUGCAGAUCAGUAUCAGCAUUAGCAGUUCUAGAACUGAAAGAUGGAAAGUUAAUACAAAGCUCUCUGAGUGCAGUUUCUGCAGCGCAUAAGUUGGGCAGCUCUAUAACCGGAUUCAUAGCCGGUGGUAAUAUUAGUGAAUCUGCGAAGGAAGCCGCCAAGAUCAGGGGACUACCGGAAAACUUUGCACCACUGUUAGUAUCAAAUAUAAGAAAAGGAGGAUAUACUCAUAUAUUCGCUGGACACACUACUUUUGGGAAGAGUUUAAUGCCUCGAGUUGCAGCCCUACUUGAUGUUGCACAAAUAUCAGAUAUUACGGCAGUUGAUAACGAGAAUACGUUUGUGCGGCCUGUAUAUGCAGGUAAUGCUAUUGCCACAAUUGAAUCAUCAGAUAAAAUCAAAGUAAUAACGACUCGGGCUACGGCAUUUCCGCCAGCAGAAUACGAAGCUGAAGGCAGCCAAGUACUGAUCGAGAAUGGGGUUGAUCCUAAUUCAGACUCCCCAAUUAAAUGGGUCUCGGAAAAUCUAGCGAAGUUAGAUAGACCCAACUUGGCGACAGCUAGCAAAGUUGUCUCCGGAGGGCGUGGCUUGAAGUCCAAGGAGGAAUUCGAUCGUGUAAUUUUACCUCUGGCUGAUGCGUUUGGGGCAGCUGUGGGGGCAUCUCGAGCAGCUGUAGACAGUGGGUACGCGGAUAACAGCCUCCAGGUCGGACAGACUGGACAAGUAGUUGCACCUCAAUUGUACUUUUGUGUGGGGAUCUCAGGAGCUAUUCAGCACCUCGCAGGAAUAAAGAUGCUGAUGCGCCUAUUUUUCAAGUCGCUGACGUUGGCCUCGUCGGAGACUUAUUCGAUACAGUGCCCGAACUCACCGAGAAGCUCGGGAAAUAAAUUCCAUCGAUAG